UUGAUAGGAGUCAGUGAAGCUAAGCUAGCUUGUUCUUCUUCUUCAUUCGUUCACUGUCUUCUGAUUUCGGAAUCUGAAAUUAAAAUCUGAAUCUUUAACCGAUUGAAUCGAUCGAUGGGUAGCAGCAGCGGCGAUCUGAGGUACGAGCUGUCACAGAACGCAUACAUAAAGCUCGUUCUUCAUUCACUCAAUCACCCUACUUCCUCCGUCAACGGCGUCCUCAUCGGCCGCAUCUCCCCUUCAAACGACGCCGUUCUCAUCGACGAUGCCGUCCCUCUCUUCCACUCUCACCUCGGCCUCCUCCCUCAAUUGGAGAUCUCUCUACCUUUGAUAGAGGAGUAUUUCUCUGCUAAAGGGUUGAACAUAGUUGGCUAUUUUCAUGCAAAUGAGAGGUCUGAUGACUAUGAGCUUGGUGGUGUUGCUAAGAAUAUUGGCGAUCAUAUAUGCCGCUACUUUCCUCAAGCCGCCAUUCUCUUGUUAGAUAACAAGAAGCUUGAAGCUUUGAAAAAGAGCAAGGAUCGUAGCGCUGUAACGCAGCUUUAUGUUAGGGAUGCAUCUAAGAACUGGAAGUUGGUUCAGUCGGAAGGGAACAGUCGAUUCUCUCUCAGAGAGCCGUCAGCAAAUCUGAUCUUGCUGGACUAUAUUUCAACCGAGAAAUGGAAGGGUAUUGUAGAUUUCGAUGAUCAUCUUGACGAUAUAAGCAAGGAUUGGCUAAAUCCAGGGCUCUUCAAUUGAUUCCAGCCCCUGUAUUCUCCACUUUUACUUAAUUCAUUGCACUAGAAUACAAAUUGGUGAUGUUAUCUCAGCUAUGAACAAUAGUGGAUAGAGAAACAUUCUUCAGAUGUAUAAGCAGGAUGUUUUCUACCUGUUUUGACAAUAUUAAAAUUCUUCUGUCCCAUAGGAUUUUGGUUUUAGAGCCUUUUUUUUCCUUAAUUACUUCGAAUUCAGGUAUAUUCAUUGGAGUUUUCUUAAUUAGUCAUAUCAUCUUGAUUUAUGGUUUGCU